CAGUAUGUUCAAACUUCAUUAGGUAAAUACGGGGGUUUUAAAUGAAAUUUUAUAUUUGGUAUUUUGAAAUUCUGCAAGAAGAUCAAUAUCCUCAAAAUGUCGGCCGAAAAGUUGUUUGGAAUUAUCCUUGUGCUGCUGAACACACUCUUUGUCCAGUAUGCCUAUGCUGCCUACAGCAGGAGAUACUAUUAUUACCGUAGAUACUACUACUCCUACUAUUCCUCGGGUGCUGUCAUCGGAGGAGCUAUUGCCGGUGUCAUUAUCUUCAUUAUCAUUGUAACCGUCGUGACCAUCAUUUUCUGUAAACAUAUGAAUAGAGGUAGAACUCUUAUUCAUGGCACCACCGGAACCACCACGGUGACCACAGUAAGCAACUCCAACAACAUGUAUAUGCAACCCCAAGCACCAGCUGGCUAUCCUCCUCCUCCACCAAGUUACAGCAGCCCCGGAUACAGCAACCCAGCAUACAGCAACCCUGGAUACCCUCCACCAACUUACAGCAACCCAGCUUAUCCACCACCACCGCAACAAGCAUCGGGACCUAGUGGCAACGUGUAUGGAAGCAUGUUUAGUGAUCCGCAAUCUAACGGUCUCCCGCCAAAAGCUUAAAUUUUCUGGACUUUUUACAACUAGAAAAAGAUGAUUAAUUAUAUGAACAAUACCUUUCAACAAUCAAAAUCCAUGUAUAUAUCAUUCAGUCAUUCUUUCACCCAUCCAUUCAUUCAUCUACAUGUAUUUCAGGGACGUAGCAUCGUUUCUGAAAAGGGGGGGGGGCAGCCAUAGAAAAAAAAAAUUCAACUUGCCUGGAGAAAAAAACGUGAUAGCAAAAAAAAAAAAAAAAGGAAGAUAAGAAAGGAAUG